AGACCACGUGUCGCGACAUGAUAAGGAUCAUCGGGUAAAUCACAUUAAGGUCACGUGGGUCAACACUAAUGACCCAGGGCCCCAGGGAGGCAAGAUGGCGUCCGAAGAUGCAGAGAUUUUGUGUAAGCUCGAAACCCUGAAGGAAAUCCGGAGUAAGAUGCUCCAGCUGGAGAAAGUGAAGGCACGUCUGAAGCAGGAUGUAGAGACUACAGAGCAGGAGAACGUGUGUCUGAAGGAGUACCGAGAGGAGAUGGACAUGUUGUUACAGGAGAAGAUGGCUCACGUGGAGGAACUCAGGCUCAUUCAUGCCGAUAUCAACCUGAUGGAGACGACCAUCAAGCAGGCUGAGGUUGAGAGGAACCGUUCCCUGGAGGCCGCCAAGCGAAUGUACGAGGAGGUGUGCCCCCUGAAGGAACACGUGGACCAGCUCCGCGCCUCCAUCGGGCUGGAGAAACUCCCCAGUCUGGAGGAGGAGGAUGACAGGAUCACCCCUCAGUACUUUGAGAAGCAGAAGGCAGAAUGGGCUACGGACCAGACGGAUCCUCCUAUCCCAGAGUCCCUUGCAGCAGCAGCAGCUGCAGCCCAGGAGCUCCAAGUGGCGCGGCAGAAGGGCGACACAGGACGGGGCUUCCGGCAGCAGCCGCCACCCAUGAAGGCUUGCUUAUCCUGCCAUCAGCAGAUCCAUCGCAAUGCUCCCAUUUGUCCCCUCUGUAAGGCCAAAAGUCGUUCCCGCAACCCCAAGAAGCCAAAACGCAAGCCCGAUGACUAAACGUACAGUUCCAAACUCUUUCAGUAUUGGUACAACAGGUGUUUGGCUGGAAACUGUGGUGAACAUAUCAGUACAUUUGAUAAUGUACUGAUGUUUGUAUAUGUUGCAUUUUUAGACAUUGUGACAGUGGUUGUAAAGUGGUAACGAUUGCACAUAUUUUGUCACAGUGAAAAUGUACGUCCUGUUUUGGUUUUGUAGACUUUUAUGUUCUGUGUGUUGUCUUCUUGAAUUGCUAUAUAUAGACUUAGAUUUAUAGUUUUGUAUUUACAUGUUAUUGUACUUCUAUCGUCUUGUAUCACUAUUGUCCUGUAUGUCUGUAGUCUUUGAAGAAAACAGUAGUGUCUUGUUCUGAUAAAAAUGUGGAAAAUUAUUGUGCCAAUAUGUUUAACAUCUAUUAACUUGUAUCUUUCCACUCAACUGCCGUGAAAUAUAAUUACCAUUGAAGAAGAUGGUAUCAAAAUUUGAUGUGUACUACAAUAUGCAUUAAUAUUCUAGUGAAAGCAAAACAUAUUUAGAUGACUGUUGAAUCAGUAAGUUAUGUCUACCAUGGCAUCUCCUUCGUAGCUUUUACAACACGUGCAAUGAAAAAUACGAAUCAAGCUUUUUAUGAGGAUGGUACUGUGAUCAGUAUUAUUAACUGUUGCCAUAAUGCAGAAGAAUCAGUUUUUGUAUGGUGUCAAUGACUGUUGAGUAUACAUGUAAUCAGUUUUCUGUGUAGGAUAUUUACCAGUCAAAUGUAGUA